GGUUGCUGAGAACGCGAUCCAUGGUGCUCUUGGACCGGCAUCUCAUCGAGGGCAACGUGAGCACGCUCGGGAAGCACCCGAUCAGCAACAAGCACAUCUUUACCAAGCUCGUCCUCCAGCAUCAGCACCUCGAGGCCAUCGAUGUCUUGGCCGAGUUUCCACAUCUCCAGGACGUGGACGUGGCCGAGAACCAGAUCACGACGCUUGCACCGCUCGCCCACUUGCCUUUUCUCAUCCGCCUCGAUGCGUCCCACAAUGAGCUCACGACCCUCUUGGAUUUCGACACGCCGCUCUGCACGAAAGCGCAGGCGUGGGUCGACGGCAGCCACGCAAUCGGGUCGAUGCUCCACGUCGCCAACGUUGCGUGGAACCGCAUCACGGCCAUGCGCGACCUCUCGCGCCAUCGCUACAUCCAGGAGCUCGUCUUGGACCACAACGAAAUCACCGAGAUUUCAGGUCUCUCCGCCCUCGUCUUUCUCAAGCAUGUGAGCUUGAGCCACAACAAGCUGCGCUCGACCAAAGGCCUCACGGGCAACCUCCCGAUCGAGACGUUGGACUUGUCGCACAAUGAGAUCUCCAAUACGGCCGACUUGCCGCGCCUCGCACGUCUCUUGCGCGUCAACUUGGCACACAACAGCAUCGAAGCACUCAAGGAUUUUGGCAACUGCAAGGUCCUCCAGACCCUCGAUGUAUCGCACAACCGCAUUCGGGAGCUGCACCAUAUUGACGCCCUCACCAAGCUCCAGGACUUGAGUCACCUCGACCUGAGUCACUGCCCUAUUACGCGCAUACCAAACUACCGGUACCGGGUGCUCGUCCGGACGCGGCAAUUGAUCGAGCUCGAUACGAUUCCAGCAUCCGUUCGGGAGCGCAUUAAGGCCCAAGUUCUCCACGGCGAGGACAUUCCGUCGCGCGUCGAUGUCUUUGAGAAGCAUUUACAAGACCGCGAAGCCUUUGUGAACCACUUGCCGCCGCUCGAUCGCGACUUUCGGUACCGCGAGCUCUCGACGUCUGGCGUCGGCCACCUCUUUUGCUCGAAGAAGCCAACAGCGCCCGCGUCCAAAGAAUCGACCAAGAGCUUUGCGACUGAAGCGGCGUCGCACGCGAUCCUCGUGGCGCAGGCGAAGAUCGCGACCACCAGAUUUGCUGCCAACGUCUUGGACAACAUGCCCAAGCGGUACCCAGUGCUAUUCGGCCGCGAUAUCGUUUCAAAGGGCUUGACUCGCACCCGCUCGGUCACGGACACCAAGAGCUAACAACACUGUUCGCAGUCGUCCGCA